AUGACAUAUCAAGAGGGCUGCCAUAGAGUGACAAGGGCGGCUGCCAAGAAGAGGGCUGCCGAGUCGGCGGGGAUAACCGAGGAGAAUGUUACCAACAAGAAAAGGUUUGUUUUAGGAGAGAUUUCGAAUUUCACUGAAAUUGUUGGUUCGAUGAAUACGAUUCAAGGGAAGAAAAAAACCCAGAAACUGCAUCCUAAGGAAAAGGCGAAGACAAAGCCUAGUGUGGUAAGGCCGCUUUUGAAGGAGGCAAAAGAGAACACUGAAGAUGAAAAACAGUUGGAUGUUGGUGUUGUGUCUGAUGACCCACAAAUGUGUGGGUAUUAUGCAUCUCAUAUCUAUGAAUAUCUUCAUCAAAUGGAGGUAUUCCCUCGAUGGAGACCUUUACCUGAUUAUAUUGAGAAGGUGCAGAAUGAUGUUAGUACCAACAUGAGAGCCAUUUUGGUGGAUUGGUUAGUGGAAGUUGCAGGGGAAUACAAGCUUGUUUAAGAUACA